AUGAGAAAGGUAGAUGGAAAGCUGACUCCGCUGGGGACCAUUGCAGUGACCUUCGCUGCGACAGCGCUGCCGCAGCACGCCUACAUACAGAUGUUCAGAUACCCGGUCCACAUAUACAUCCCUCCAUUACUACAGUGCUACAAAUGCCUGAAGUUCAAUCACUCUGCGAAAGUCUGCCGAGGUUCUCAAAUAUGUUCUUCGUGCUCCGGACAACACUCCUACAAAGAAUGCGACGUUAAAAAAAUUGUGUGCAUCAACUGUCAAGGUGGUCACUUGGCCAUCUCUAGGGACUGUCCAGUGAAGCAACAAGAGAUGGAAGAGAAGAAGAAUAAGUAUUUAAAACAAAACCGAUCGUAUGCCACUGUGGUGAGUAUCCCAGCAAUGCCCGACCCGAGAGCAUUCCCAAACCUUUAA